ACAGGUUCCACACUCAGCAGAACCACUUAUGGACACUGCACUGGGCUCUGUGACCUUUGAGGACGUGGCUGUGUACUUUUCCCAGGAGGAAUGGAGGUUUCUUGAUGAGGCCCAGAGAUUCCUGUACCAUGAUGUCAUGCUGGAGACCUUUGCACUUGUUGCAUCAUUGGGUUGUUGGCAUGGAGCAGAGGUCAAGGAGACACCUUCUGAGCAGAAUGUUUUUGUAGAAGUGCCACGAAUAAAUACUUCAAAGACAAACCUGUCCACCCAGGAGGCCUAUCCCUGGGAGAGGUGUAGCCCAGACUUAGAAGGUGGUUUGCAUCUAGCUGAGGACCUCGGAACAAACCCUGGCCAGAAACUGUGUGGGUCAAGUGUGAAAUUUCACCAGCACAGUGGAAAGAAACUCUUUAGAAGAGAUGUGGGUAAGGCCUUUAUGAACAGCCACAUAGUCCAUGUAUCCAAGAAGUCUUCCACAUGCCAGGAGGCUGGGAAGAAUUUCCCUGGUAGCUCUAGCCUUCUCCAGCACCAGGUCACUCCACAAAAGGACGCCAAAUGUGUGGAAGCCUUUCACAAUGAACAAAGGCACUAUAAGUGCAGUGAAUGUGGUAAAGCCUUCUGCCGCAAGUACAGGCUUGCUCAGCACCAGAGAGUCCACACUGGAGAGAGGCCUUAUGAAUGCAGUGAAUGUGGGAAAACCUUCAGCUAUAAACACAUACUUAUUCAGCACCAGAGAGUCCACACUGGAGAAAGGCCUUAUGAGUGCAGGGAAUGUGGGAAAGCUUUUAGCAACAAACCCACACUUGUUCGGCAUCAGCGAAUUCACACUGGAGAAAGGCCUUAUGAGUGUAGUGAAUGUGGCAAAUUCUUUAGCCAAAGCUCCAGCCUCAGUGAACAUCAGAGAAUUCACACUGGAUCACGGCCUUAUAAAUGCAAUGAAUGUGGAAAAUUCUUUACGUCCAACUCCAACCUAAUUAAACACCGGCGAGUUCACACAGGCACAAGGCCUUAUGAGUGCAGUGAAUGUGGGAAAUUCUUUAACCAAAGUCCCAGCCUCAUUAAACAUCAGAGAAUCCACACUGGUGAACGGCCAUAUGAAUGCAGUGAAUGUGGGAAACUUUUUAGCCAAAGCUCUACUCUCAUUAAGCACCAGAGAGUUCACACUGGAGUAAGGCCUUAUAAAUGCAUUGAAUGUGGGAAACUUUUUAGCCAAAGCUUUGGCCUCACUCAACACCAGAGAAUUCACACUGGAGAAAGACCAUAUGAGUGCACUGAAUGUGGAGAAUUCUUUAGCCAAAACACCCAACUUACUCAACACCGAAAAGUUCACACUACAGAGAGGCCUCUUGAGUGUAGCAAAUGUGGAAAAGUCUUCAGUCAAAGGUCUGCUCUGACUGAGCACCAGAAACUUCACAGCCCAGAUAGACCCUUUGAGUGCAGUGAAUGUAGGAAAGCUUUCAGCCGAAGAUCUAACCUCAUUCGUCACCAGAAAGUUCAUACUGGAGAAAGGCCUUCAAAUGAGAUGAGGAGAGCAGUGAAUGAGCUGUCUCCUUAGUUAAUACAUCAUACUGAAUAGGCUCUGUGAGAGAGUCAUCAACUGGAAGUUGAAUGCCAUACGUCUGAACAGCCCUAGUGUGUAGAUUACCUCUGAGUACCAGGUUCAGAGGAAGCUUUUAAGGAGCUACACUCUACUAUCUAACCUGUGCAGGGCCCUUGCCAGACUAACGUCAGUGUGAGUUUCUGUGGUAAAAAUCAUCUUACCUCUACCAAGUGGCAGUCACCUCAGUGUAAUCAGGGUAGGUAGACCUCUGUUUUCUCGCAUCCUGUGGAGGGAAGCAUGAGUAGCCUGAGCACUUGGGUGUUACCAUUCUCUUGUGUCUAACUGACUAGGCCAUGGACUUAACCAGCUUUGACCAAGGUGACCCAGUCUGGGUUCUGCUGGUGGCUUACAGAGGGUUACCUUUUUCAGUGGCAUUAUUUCAUGUCAUACUCCGGAUGGAUUUUUCUAGCUCUAUGUCACCUGUUUGGGAAUUUUGUAUGCCUCAGUGGGGAUAGUAUCAUGGCAGAGAAUAGUUUUCAUUGCAGUUUGUGUCUAAUUUGCAUUGCUGUCCAAGGCCUCCUGCAGGGCUUUGUGGGAAUAAUGUUGUGGCCUGGAUAUCAGAAUUUUUGGUGGGUCCUUACAUCACCCUUAGAUGAGGAGAGUUGUGAGAACCACCAGUGUUUUUUUGUUUGUUUGUUUCUUUUUGUGUCGUACGUGGGCCUCUCACUGUUGUGGCCUCUCCCAUUGUGGAGCACAGGCUCCGGACACACAGGCUCAGCGGCCAUGUCUCACGGGCCCAGCCGCUCUGCAGCAUGUGGGAUCUUCCCGGACUGGGGCACGAACCCGUGUCCCCUGCAUCAGCAGGCAGACUCUCAACCACUGCGCCACCAGGGAAGCCCCACCAGUGUUUUUUGGAGCAGCAUGAGUUGUUCUCUUUUUCACAGAGGAUGUCACAUCAUACCCCCUGUACUGUUCAAGAGAAGAAGUUCUCUAAGUCCAGCUGGAAAAGAGCCAUGAGCCAUAAUGUCCACAACGUCAUAGGCUGGUGUUGCUGAGCGUUAGAUUACAGACAUUAGGUGGGAACCAUAUUUGGUACAGAAACACUCAGGGAAUUAGUAGGAAGUGAGAGACAAGCAAACAAGUAGGGAUGAGCCUUUUCUAAAGCUGCAUCCAGUAAAGCAACUGUACUCUGAUAAAAAGACAAAUUGCUGUAAUUUGGGAUCUUUAGGAAAAUAAAAAAUAAAGUUGCAUUCACAAAUGUACCGGGAUUAUGGCCAUAAAGGAUAAAGUUUUUGCAGAAAUCCUUAGGAGGUACAGGGCUGUUUCUCUUCUCCUGAGGUCCAAGUCAGUGUCAGACUGAAUACUGUAAAGGUUUUAGGAUCCCACAGCAUCUCCAAAUUGUUUAUCUCAAGGCCGUUGCUGCAGUGAAAAGAAAAAAUGAGGAAGGGGAAAAUUGUGUAAUCCUGGCAUGUUAUUUUUAUGAGUCGGGAAGAGGUCCUGGAUAACUCAAGUAGAAACACCUUUCAUUGCUAUAAAGACAGGUGUCUUUAUUGCUACUGUGACAGUCCCUCCCAUGAGACAAGAAGAGUUGAUGGAGUUGAUGUGUUGGUUUCCAGAGUUCUACUUUUCCAAAAAGGAGAUUCAGAUUUUUAUGUGAAGCCAAUUUUUAUUAAAACUUAAUCGAGCUAUAUCGUUGGUAGGCACUCAACUGAAUAUACUUAAAAUGUACAGCUUGGUAAGUUUUAGUAUGUGUAAAAUCACAACCAUCAUAAUAACAAACAUCCAUCAGUUCCAUAUCUACCUUGACAUCUCUCCAUGGGCUCCCAGGCAACUACUGUUGACUUUCUUUCACAUUCAAUUAGUUGAUGUUUUCUAGAGUUUUAAUAUCAUUGGAAUCUUAAUGUGUUUACUUUUGUAUUUGCCUUUUUCUUUCAUGGUG